CUCCUCCGAUCCCUCUCCAAGCCUCUUCUCUUCGUCGCCGGCCUUCUUCGCCUCGCUAAACUGGGCCUGCUUUGAUCUGAGGCUCAGAGAUCUUGAUGCCGCGUUGCUUCUGAUGGCGAUGUGCGAGGUUUACGAUAGGAAGGAGCGGGGUUUGCGCGGGGGCGCGGGGUUUGAUUGGCGCUUGAGGAUUGCGGAGCAUUUGAUGGAGCGUACGCUCAGCGCUGCCGAGCUUGGCGCGAAUGGGUGGGCGGUUAUUGGACGGUACGUUGACACAGCAUCAAAAUGCCGGCGACUGCUGGAAGUAGUAUCCGGCAACCGCCGACCCAGCGAAGAAAAGGCGGGGGCCGAGGUGGCUGCAUCGGUGACCGCAGUGGUGGCGUUGCCAUCAGUGGAGUGCCAACGAAAGGGAUGGGAGUGCGUUAUCUGCAAAGAGGAGAUUGAAACUGGACGAGACGUCUGCGUGCUUCCCUGCGACCACGGAUUCCACUGGGGCUGCAUCCUGCCGUGGCUCCGAAAGAGGAAUACGUGUCCUUAUUGUAGGUUCGAACUUCCGACCGACGACGUGUUCUUUGAGAUUGGGAGGGUGUGGAGAUGUGCGGUCAGGAUGGGGAUGGGGGAAAAUCCUAUUAUAUAGGAAAAUAUCAAGUGCACCUGGAUACUCAUGGCAUUAAAUGUUCAUCAAAUGAAUGUCAGCCCUUGAAUCAUAGAAUUUUGAGAUUUGUGCACAGAUCCAAGGGUUCGCAUACUUUGGAUGUAUAUUUAAUGUCAUGGACUGUUGCCACCGGAUACUCUUUUACUAUAUAGAAAAUGAUGCAUAUUUAAUGUCAUGGACUGUUCCCACCGGAUACUCUUUUACUAUAUAGAAAAUAGAAGAUAUGAGAUGACUAACAUCUACUUUAAUUAGAAAAGUAGAAUAUGAUAAGUGUCUCGCUAAGAGUCUAAAGCAAUUGGAUGUGGCCAUCAUGUUUAAUAUUUACACU